CCUCCAUGGGACUUUUAAUCCAAGUGGAUUACAUUGCAAAUUGGGUGACAGUGGAACAAGCGGCUCUAAAAUCUGCUGCCGGCUUUGCGUCCCCCUAAAUAUCUGCAAGGUGGAGGAAGUGACCCGCCCGUUGGUGCUUCAGAAAUGCCUCUGGAAGCCUCUACUGAGGCGAUGAGGCGCUGAGGAAGAUGCCGGAAGCGGGGCGACUUCGCCCGGACACAACGGAGAACGCUCGGGGUCCACAGCCCCCCACCGAGGCCGACGCCCACUUCCUCUUCUUCUUCUUCUUCUACUCCCUCUAGCCGACAUGAGGAACUCUUGGUGAUCCUCCCAGAUCCUCUUCAGAGUAGAUCCAAGUUCAGAGAAAAGACCCCUGGGUCCGUUGAAAGCAGGAUGGGGGGCCGGGUGCUCCUGAGGAUUCUGGGUCUUCUCUGCUUGUGGAUUACGGCUCAGGCUCAGAUGAAGAUCCCACCGGAGACGGUGCAGCAGUGGGCGAUGGUGCUCUCCACUCAGCUACGAGACCUCACCACCAAAUACUCAGGCUCUCUGCUUCUCCAGAAGAAACUGAAGGACGUGGAGUCCAUCAUUAAGAUCGUGGAGCUGGACGGAGGCGACCUGGUGAAGAAAUACUCGGACGAGAUCGAGCGAAUGUUGGGAAGCAAGAGGAAGUCUGUGAAGAGGUUGGCGGAGUCGGCAGAGGACGCCGACCUGUACCACGAUUUCAACGCUACGAUGAAGUUUGACUACUACAACUCCAUGCUGAUCAACACGGCGGACGAGGACGGGAACAGCGUGGAGCUGGGCGGCGAGUUCCCCCUGGAAGAAAACGAGCACUUCAACAAGCUGCUGGUGAACACGCUAAUGAGCGACAUCCAAAUCCCCACCAACGUCUACAACAAAGACCCCAACAUCCUCAACGGCAUCUACAACUCCGAGGCGUUAAACGACGUCUUCAUCGCUAACUUCCAGAAGGAUCCCACUCUCACCUGGCAGUUCUUCGGCAGCUCCACCGGCUUCUUUAGGAUUUACCCCGGUAUCAAAUGGACUCCAGACUCCAACGGCGUGGCAGCUUUCGACUGCAGGAACAGAAACUGGUACAUCCAGGCAGCCACGUCUCCCAAAGAUAUCAUCAUCAUGGUGGACAUCAGCGGCAGCAUGAAGGGGCUGAAGAUGACCAUCGCAAAGCACACCAUCAACACCAUCCUGGACACACUAGGGGAGAACGACUUCGUCAACGUUAUCGCUUACACUGACUAUAUUCGGUACGUGGAGCCGUGCUUUAAAGGAACCUUGGUCCAGGCCGACUUAGACAACCGAGAGCACUUCAAGCAGCUGGUGGACGAGCUGCACGUUAAAGGAGAAGCGAAGAUCAAGAACGCCAUGAAGGAGUCCUUCAAGAUCCUCAACGAGGCAAAGCUGAGUGGGCGGGGCAGCAUGUGUAACCAGGCCAUCAUGCUGAUCACAGAUGGAGCAAUGGAGGACUUUGAGUCUGUCUUUGAGGAGUUCAACUGGCCCGAGCGCCGGGUGAGGGUCUUCACCUACCUGAUCGGCAGAGAGAUGACCUUCGCCCAGAACACCAAGUGGAUCGCCUGCAACAACAAAGGUUACUACACACACAUCUCCACGCUGGCCGACGUGCAGGAGAACGUCAUGGAGUACCUGCACGUUCUCAGCCGGCCGAUGGUCAUCAACCACGACCACGACAUUAUCUGGACCGAGGCCUACAUGGACUCCGUGCUUCCCAGCACCAAGGAGCUCUUCUACACCAAAGCUCAGAGUCUGCUGCUCAUGACCUCGGUGGCCAUGCCGGUCUUCAGCAAGAAGAAGGAAACGCUGUCCCAUGGGAUCUUACUGGGUGUGGUUGGCACAGACGUCCCGCUGAUGGAGGUGAUGAAGCUGGCGCCCCGAUACAUGCUGGGAGCUCACGGCUACGCCUUCCUCAUCACCAACAACGGCUACAUCCUGGCGCAUCCCGACCUCCGACCUCUGUACCAAGACGGGAAGAAGCUGAAGCCCAAGCCCAACUACAACAGUGUGGACCUGUCGGAGGUGGAGUGGGAGGACACAGAGGAGAAGCUGAGAACCGCCAUGGUGAGGGGAGAGACCGGCUUCAUCCAGCUGAACAUCAGAGCCUCAGUGGACAAAGGGAAACGACCCCUGUACCUCGUCAACAACUAUUUCUACACCAACAUCGACGAGACUCCUUUCAGCUUCGGCAUGGUGCUGACAAAAGGUCACGGAGGCCUCAUGUUUGUUGGAAACGUGUCUGUGGAGGAAGGUUUGCACGACCUCACCUCACCCGACCUCAGCAUCGCCACCGAGUGGACGUACUGUGAGACCGACAUCGACCCGAGCCACCGCAAGUACUCUCAGCUGCAGGCUGCCAUCCGCUACCUGCUGGGCCAGGAGCCCGACCUGGAGUGCGACGAGCUGUUGCUGCAGCAGACGCUGUUCGACGCCGUGGUGACGGCUCCACUGGAGGCCUACUGGAACGCCCUGAUGCUAACAGAUAGAGUGGAGCCGGGGGUGGAGACGGCCUUCCUCGGAACUCGAGCCGGUCUCACGAGGUGGAUGAGAUACGCCGGAGUGGAGACCAGAGUGGCAAAACGGUUUCUGACAGCGACCGACAAGGACAACUUGUUCACCGUGGACCACUUCCCUCUGUGGUACCGCCUGGCCGUGGAGAACACCCCCGGCAGCUUCUACUACUACCCCGUCAACGACAAAGGGGUGAAGUACGUGAUUGCGGUGACGGCGGUGACGGUGUCCUCCGAAGGGAAGACGGCGAUGGCCGCAGCCAUCGGGCUGCAGAUGUCCUUGGAUAUGCUGGAGAAGAUGUUCUGGGCCAUCGCCAAGCAGCCCAGCGACACCGACUGUUCUGCCAUUGAAGGCGUGUGUCCUCUCAGCUGUGAGAGCUCUGAUCUCAACUGUUUCCUGGUGGACAACAACGGCUUUGUCCUGCUGUCCAAAGAGAGGAGUGAGGUGGGACGCUUCUUCGGCGAGGUGGACGGGUCGGUGAUGGCCUCGCUGAUCAAGAUGGGAAUGUUCAAAAAAGUGUCGUUGUUCGACUACCAGGCCAUGUGUAAGACUUCUCAUCAUCACGCCAGCAGCGCACGCCGCCUCCUCAGUCCGUUUUAUGGCGUCGCUGCGUUGAUUCGAUGGUUCUUCUCCAACCUGCUGAUGUUCCUGUUGGACUUCAACCUCUGUGGUCUCUGGCACUCCGACUACUUCGUGGACGCCAAGGCCGGCUAUCACACCAGCCACAAGCAGAAGAAGGUGGGCGCUCUGCAGCCGUGUGACACGGCGUAUCCCGGCUUCAUGUACGACUCGUCUGUGAAGGAAGCCAACAGCCUCAUCAAGUGUGGACGCUGCCAGAAGAUGUUCGUGGUGCAGCAGAUCCCCGACAGCAACCUGGUGAUGGUCGUCGCUCAGGCCGACUGCGACUGCUCCCGUCAGUACGGCGCCAUCCCGCUGGAGCCAAAAGAGAUCAAAUAUAACGCCACGGUGAAGUGCAACCGGAUGAAGUCCCAGAAGGUGCGGCGGCGCCCGCAGUCGUGCCACGACUACCACCCGAAGGAAAAUGCAAAAGAAUGCGGUGGCGUGGCAGCCAUCUUGUUGUCGCGGUCAGUCUUCUCCGCCUCUCUGCUCGCCUCGUUGCUCGCCCACCAUUGGAUGUGAAGAACGGACCAAUUAAGGGAGGUGGCGGGAGAAGAGACCAAAAAAAAAAAACUCUAGCAAGUCGCCAAAGGAUUUUUUGUUUUUUACUUCCCAUAAGAGACAACAGAAGAUCUGAGACGAUGUCCCAGUGGGCGGAGUUAAAACGACCAAUGGGCAUGGUCAAGGCCAGUGGGUGGAGUUAAAUUACUAUAACCUAUUUCUGUCCGUUGGACUCGUCCCUCUGGACGUACCGAGCAGCUUGAGAGGAGACACGUUGCAUCUUUGUAGCUUUUUUAUACUGGAAUAUUGUUUACAAAGUAGAGUUUUACAUCUAAAUCAUUUACAAUUAAAUAAAGUAGGAUCGAAAAUAAAGGCAUGAGAUUUAGAGUUGCUUCAUCGUUUCACAUUCAGACUGAGCACAAACCAUAAAUCCAGGACUGAGAUAUGAAUGAUCUCUACUCAAAGCGGCUGAAGCACUGCGUGAGGUCAAAGGUCAAUAGAAGGUCACUGGCUGAAUGUCAUUUGACCAGUUACUCCUUUAGACGCUCACACAUGGGGACUUAUUGAGUUGAUCACUUUCACGCUUUAGUUUGGUUUUCUGUAGAUGAAAAAAAUGAUUCCACUUUCUAAAUACAAAUUGCGCAUUGUUACAAAAACGUUUGUUAAAAAGCAUUUGUGAUUUACUUAUUCUCAAUGUUUCUCAGAUCUGAGAGCAGUUUGUUGGUGAAAUAAAUAUUUCUAUUAACGUUUCUACUUUUUAUCUUUGAGAUUCAGGAAACACCGAGAGCCGCCAAACAAUUCAUAAUUCUUUCCUUAGCGUUUAUUAUUUAGUUCCUUUAAUCUCUACAGCAGUUUAUCAUCAAACAUGCAUCUGAAACAGUGCGCAUUCAUAUUUUGAUAAAGGAUCUUUAUUUAGCUCUUUGUUUCAUGACUUCACAUCAGCCGCUUUAAUACAUGUAUUACUUUAGCUAAAGUUCAAGUGUGAGGUAUAACCUUUUUAUUUGAUUAAGUGCUUUUUAAAAAAAAAUAAUCAGAUGAUAUAAUUGACUUAAUGGACGCAGCAUUGAUAUAUCAAACUAAUAUGUCAAUAGUGACAACGGGGUCAAAAUAAAUUUCCCUGUUAUACAUUUGUGAUCUUAGAUUCACAGAAAUCUGUGUGCAAAAUAUUAAACUAGCUGCGUCCUGCACAUUAAACAUUUAAUGUCAUAAUUCAUGCAGCACAGCUUGUAUUUAAACGUCUUAAUGUUUCAGAAAGCAGCUUAAAAACGGACCAAACAUUAAGUGUAUAUUACAAAAGACAAUUUACUUUUAUUUGAGAGAUUUCCAUUGAAGCAGAAUGUCGCCAAAUAGAAAGUUUGUAAUAUUUAAAAUAACCACAAUAAUCGGUCUGAUCAUCUCGUUUGUUCUUUUCUUCGGAGACUAUUUAAAACUGAACAUUUCUCCUUUAAAAUUAGCAGAAACCUUUCAGGAAGAACUCAAAUAGUCAUAGUUGGUGUUUCGAUCUUUACAAUCAAAAGGAACUCAAACAGAAGGUCGCUGCGGAUUUAUCAUUCACAAGUUCAAUGUCGUAAAAAAAAAAAAAAAAAAAAA